AUGACGUUUUUCAACUAUACGAACUCUACGACAGAACUUCCACUCUCAGGUACAGUAUCUUCGUUCGCUGGAUCUUCUCGCCUACCAAAAUCCGAGCUUGGCCAAAGUACAUCGGAGCUUAAAGUUCUAUCUGGGAUUUGCUCAAUAGCGAGUAUCAUUGGAAUCGUCGGCAAUGUUUUAGUGUGCUUUGUCGUGACCAAGUUUCGGUUUCUGGGCCGACCCAAGGCCGAGCUCUUCAUCGUAAGCUUAGCUGUGGCUGACUUAAUGGUCUGCAUAUUCGCCCAGCCCAUGUAUGUCAUAUAUCUCCAUGGCUUACUUCCUAAAGAAGUCGAUCUCAUACGAAAAGCAAUCACAUGGGUGUCCACUCUUGUUUCGGUGAGCCACCUUUUCGCGAUUUCUUUAGAGCGCUUUUUCUCGCUGUACUUUCUUCACCGCUUCAGCGUUUUUAUUCGGGAACACGUCAUUUGGAACGCCAUUCUCUUAACGUGGUUCAUCGCGAUCGGUUUCGGGGCUCCAUCGGCAGUAUUCAGAAAAGCGAGAAUUGUAUCACAGUACUUUGUCAUCGCUAUGCUCCUCGUAAUACCACUUGUCUACGCUGGGAUAUUUUACAUCGUACGCCUCCAGCAAAGACGCAUUAACAAGCAAAUCGUCAGAAAAACGUUUUACACUUCGCAAAAGAGCUUGACAAGCGAGCGAAAGAUUGUUUACAUGAUAGCAGUAGUUGUUGGCGUUUUUUAUCUUUGUUUCACGCCUUUGCUUAUUGUGCCGUUUUUCUUUAGCGUAAAAACGACCCCAGCCGUGCGUGUAAACGCUCUUCGCGCGUUUCCGUGGGUGAACACUAUCGCUCUUUUAAACAGCAGUUUCAACCCUUAUAUCUACUACUGGCGUAGUUUUAGGUUUCGCAUGGCGCUUGAACUAAUUCUGAGAAGGAUUUUUGAAAAGAAAUAA